AUGGCAGACUACUCCAUGUACCACGCCCUGGGCCGGGGCGAAAACGUUGACCCAAAUAACCCCAACCGCACCUCCCAGCCAGCUCCUCCCCAGUUCCAGCCUCCAGUCGCCACAAACCCUUACCAGCAGCAAGCCGCCGCCUACAACAAUGCGCCUCCCGGGCAGCAGCAGUUUGUUAGCACCCACGCGCCUCCUCAAGCCCACGGCGACUACCUCCAAGGUCAGCCACAGCCACAACCGCACCUGCACGCCGCCUCCAUGUCUCCCGACGACAGUGCCUUGGCCGCGCAGAUGGGCGGCAUAUCGCUUGGCGCCGAUCCUUAUACGGGCACGGCAAGGAGAAAGAAGAAGGACCGCCACGCAUACCAUACCGUCGAUGCCCCGGCAGGCUCAUCACAGCCGUUCAAUGGCAUGCCCCCCGCAGACACCCCGGUGACGGCCUACUUGAAUGCGGACCCCUCGCUGGCUGGCAUAACUCCCCAGAUGAACCAGUUUCCGGCGCCCGUGAACUCAUACUUCAACCCACCCGUUGCCUCAACUGCCGAGUUCGCCACGAGGAGCGGCCUUGGGGAGGCGGUGCCGUCGCCCACAGUCGUUCCGGCGUCGGGCCAGACUAAGGUGUCCCCGGACGAGAUGCCCAGCGUGCCCAUAUCCCGCGACUCCGUGCAGCAAUACUUUCUCUCCAACGUGUAUCCAACCUUUGAGCGGCUCGUGCCACCUCCGGCCACUGUUUCGUUUGUCGCCAUUGACUCGGGCAAUGCCUCGCCCAAGUUUGCCCGUCUCACCCUCAACAACCUCCCCGCCACGGCCGAGGGUCUGCGCAGCACGGCCUUGCCUCUGGGCCUGCUACUACAGCCUCUGGCGCCUCUUCAGGCCGGCGAGCUGGCGAUUCCCGUUCUAGACUUUGGCGAUGUCGGGCCUCCGAGGUGUCACAGGUGCAGGGCCUACAUAAACCCGUUUAUGAUGUUUCGUUCUGGCGGCAACAAGUUCGUUUGCAACCUCUGCAACUACGCCAAUGAUACCCCUCCCGAAUAUUUUUGUGCUACCAGCCCACAAGGCGUCCGCGUCGACCGUGAUCAGCGGCCCGAGCUGACACGGGGAACCGUCGAGUUCGUGGUGCCCAAAGAGUACUGGACCAAGGAACCGGUCGGCAUGCGUUACCUCUUCGUGAUUGAUGUCACCCAAGAGUCCUUCAACAAGGGGUUUCUGGAGUCCUUUUGCGAGGGUAUUCUAGCCGCUCUCUACGGCGGCGCUCAGGACGAGGAGAAGGAUGAUAACGGCGAGCCUAAGCGGAGAAUUCCUGCCGGUGCAAAAGUUGGGUUCGUCACCUUCGACAAGGAAGUUCAUUUCUACAACGUGAGCCCGGCGCUCGAGCAGGCCCAGAUGAUGAUUAUGCCCGACAUUGAAGAUCCAUUUGUGCCGCUCAGUGAAGGCCUGUUUGUGGAUCCAUAUGAGGCAAAAGCCGUCAUCUCGGCCCUGUUGACUCGACUCCCGCAAAUGUUCUCCAACUUCAAGAACCCCGAGCCUGCACUCCUCUCCACGCUUAAUUCGGCCUUCGCUGCCCUUGAGAAGACCGGCGGCAAGAUCUUCUGCUCAGUUUCUGCACUGUCUACUUGGGGGCCUGGCCGCUUGUUUCUGCGAGACGAUGGCAAGCAUCCCGGCGGAGAGCCCGACAAGAAACUGUUCACCACUGAGCACCCCGCAUGGAGGAAGAUAGCCGAAAAGAUGGUUUCCAUCGGUGCCGGUGUCGACUUCUUCAUGGCGGCGCCGUCCGGGGGCUAUCUUGACAUUGCCACUGUCGGCCAUGUUUCGUCCACUACGGGUGGAGAGACCUUCUACUAUCCCAACUUUAUCGCCCCACGGGACAACACGCGAUUGUCUCUCGAGAUCAAGCAUGCCGUUACUCGCGAGACCGGUUACCAGGCUCUGAUGAAGGUCAGAUGCUCAAACGGGCUGCAGGUGUCGGCUUAUCACGGCAACUUCAUUCAGCACACCUUUGGAGCAGACCUCGAGAUCGGGGUCAUUGAUGCAGAUAAGGCCUUGGCUGUUUCCUUUGGCUACGACGGAAAACUCGACUCGAAGCUUGACGCCCACUUUCAGGCUGCGUUGCUUUAUACGACGGCUUCUGGUCAGCGCAGGGUAAGGUGUUGCAACGUCCUUGCCGGCGUUAGUGAGAAUGCCAAGGACACUCUUAAGUUCAUUGACCAGGAUGCGGUUUACACCAUCCUAGCCAAGGAAGCGGCCACCAAACUCUCAACAACGUCAAGCAAUCUAAAAGACAUUCGCCUCGGUCUGACGGAGAAGACAAUUGAUGUUCUUGCUGGAUAUCGCAGAAACUUUCUCUCGCAACUCAAGGAAUUCUCGAUGUACAUGCUCUCGAUGAUCAAGUCCCGCGCUUUCAAGGGUGGAAAUGAGACGACGGACCGGAGAGUGCAUGAAUUGCGGCUAAUUAGGUCAAUGGGCGCCCUUGAGCUGAGUCUUUACCUGUACCCGCGAAUGAUUCCCGUCCACAACCUGGAGCCCGAUGACGGCUUCCCGGAUGAGAAGACGGGCCAUCUGAAAAUGCCGCCUUCCAUCCGGACGUCCUUCAGUCGGGUAGAGCCGGGUGGCGUCUAUCUUGUAGACAACGGCCAGCAGUGCCUCUUGUGGUUCCAUGCGCAGACGUCUCCCAACCUGAUUGCAGACCUGUUUGGGGAGGACAAGACUAGCCUGCAGAGCCUUGAUGCCUACACAUCGAACCUCCCUGUUCUGCAAACCCACCUAAACGCCCAGGUGCGCAACAUUGUUGAGUUCUUGAGGACGAUGCGCGGCUCCAAGGGCCUGACGAUACAGCUAGCGAGGCAAGGUAUAGACGGCGCCGAGUACGAAUUUGCUCGUAUGCUGGUUGAGGACAGGAAUAAUGAGGCGCAGUCGUAUGUGGACUGGCUGGUGCAUAUUCACAAGGCGGUACAAUUAGAGCUGGGUGGCCACCGGAAGAAGGAAGAGACAAGCGAUUCGGUAUCAUCGUUAUCUCAAUUCACCGGCCUCAGGCCAUCAUACUGGUAG